GGAAAUCCUCGUCCAAAAGUGAAAAGUAAAGUUUGUCUGAGGUUUUGCACUGCAGUAUUUAUUCGCAACAAAAUUGAAUUCAUUUUAAAGGUUAAUUUAUGGAGAUGGUAAUGCUUGCUUAGAGUAGUGGAAUUGCGGCGACGUUGUGUACUUCGGUGGAAAGGAGCUGGUGAUCGUUAGGGGCAACGCCGUGUCUCUUCGUCGUGAUUUGCGGUCUCAGAACAGUUUUGACAAUGGCUUCUCUCGGAUAUAGUAGAAUUUGUGCUCGUGUUCAUGAAAAACUGUGUCAGUGGGGACAUUCCCAAAUAAACAAAAACUCAAUUUGUGUUCGCUCAAAAAUUGGAUUUUGCACAUUGACUAGGAACUUUUCAGAGGAUACAAAAAAGUCGCGAGUUCUAAAAAACGCCGUUGGAGCAGCAGCAACCUCUCACGUACCAGGAUGUUGGCAUCCUUGUAUUCGACCAGAAAUACCGACUACAACUCGAACGUUCGCCACGAUACGUACGCAACAACCCGGGUCUUUACUCGAAUACCAAGAAGACCCUUACAGUUUGCUGGAAGACGACCUUAAAGAUGUUUAUGUAUAUAUAAGAAAUGUACUUAGACGAAAUACAUUCCAAGAUAAUUUAUACGAAAUAGCCACAUAUUAUUUCGAUGGACAUGGGAAAGCGAUCAGGCCUAUGGUGACUAUAUUAAUGGCAAGGGCAAUCAAUUCACACAUGUACAAAGAGAACAGUGGUCUUUUAUCAUCGCAAAGAGAAGUAGCGAUGAUAUCAGAAAUGAUCCACACGGCUUCUCUUGUCCAUGACGAUGUAAUAGAUCAAUCAGAUUUCCGAAGAGGUAAACCGAGCGUAAACGUUAGAUGGAAUCACAAAAAAGUUACAAUGGCGGGUGAUUUCAUUUUAGCAGUAGCGUCGAUGUUGAUAGCUAGGUUAAGAAACAAUGACGUCACAUCCGUUUUAAGUCAGGUUGUAACAGAUCUAGUCCAAGGUGAAUUUAUGCAGUUGGGAUCCAAAGAAACAGAAAAUGAAAGAUUCGCACACUAUUUACAAAAAACUUAUCGGAAAACAGCAUCAUUAAUUGCCAAUUCUUUAAAAGCUGUUGCAAUUUUGGCAGACGCCGAUGAAAAACUAACAGACAUUUCGUAUCAAUAUGGAAGAAAUCUAGGACUUGCUUUUCAAUUAGUAGACGAUCUUCUCGACUUUGUAUCUUCUUCUGAAGCUAUGGGUAAACCUACAGCUGCAGAUUUGAAAUUAGGUUUGGCAACUGCACCUGUAUUGUUUGCUUGCGAAAAGUAUCCCGAAUUGAAUCCUAUGAUAAUGAGAAGGUUUCAAGAGCCUGGUGAUGUAGAAAAAGCUUUCGAACUAGUUCACAAAUCGAGAGGAUUGGAACAAACACAAUUUUUGGCACGUCAACAUUGUCAAGAGUCAGUGAGACUUGCCAAUCUCCUACAAGAAAGUCCCUUUCAAAAAGGUUUAAUAGUGACUGCGGAUUAUGUUUUAAAUCGUAUGAAAUAGCGUAAAAAUAUUUUAGUUCUAGAUUAGGUAGAUGAUUGUAGUUAUGAAAUUAUAAUUAGAUGGAUUUGUGGGGUAUUACUGAAACAUUUUUCCAUUCGGUUCAGUGACUAUAUCGAAAUUGUUUGACCGAAAAAAAAAAUAUUGAAAUUAAAACAAAAAUUAUAGGAAACCGAAAUUCAAUAUUUCGAAAAUGUAUUCUGCCGUUCUUCAAACGAGAAAACAACUACUUUCCUGGCUAACGCCUCGACGAAUAUUUAAUUCCAUUAAAAUUGAAUCAAACUUGUUAUCCCCUUCAUAAUCACACCUAAAAUAUCGUAAUUUAAAAAAAAAUAUCAAUAUACUCUUAGAUAUUAAUUAUUAUACUUAUCGAUAAUUAAAUUUGAAUUCUCCCAUAUCGUUCUUUUGUAUUAUAAACCUUUUCUUUUUAAAUUAACUUUAUUUUAAAUGUAUCUAUUGCUCAAUUGAUAUUACUAAUAAAUCUAUACACAAUUUAACACGAAACAAAUAUAUAAGUACAUUCUAAUUAACUUUAGAUUUAGUUAAAUUAUAUAUUUUAAUACUUUAUAUUUCAGAAAAUGUAAAUAAAAAUGACAAGAUUUCAAAAAAUAUAAAUUUUCACUAAAAUUUAUGAAAAAACACUCAUAAUCCUUAACCUUUUUACUGUGAAAUUCAAAGUAUUCUUCAUUUUUCGUUUUGUAUUAUCCAGCUUCAUUCCGAUUUAUUACUAACAUCUCUACCUCGUCCUAAUUUAUCCCUGACACUUCUAUCUCAUUAUUCCUUCUGCCUUGUUCCAAUUCAUCAUAUUAUUUAUUCCUCAUUCCAAAUUGUCCUUAACACUUCUAUAUUAUAUUUAUUAAACUCAUUUUGAGUAUCGGUUUAAUAUUUAAUCCAAAUAGAAAAAUAAGUUUCAAUUUGGAGUAUUGUUAAGUUUUUUUUAUUAGUAUUGGUUUAAUCAGUUUCAUUCUUCUCAUUAACUCAUUAAUCACUUUUUUAUUUUCUCUUCUAUUUCAUUUAAAUAUAAAUAUUUGAAAGUGUAUGUCUUCAAAAAUGUCUUUUGAAUUUACACACUUUAUAAAUUUGACCAGGUUAUUAAAAGAAUUUUAAAAAAAUUAAUUAUAUGGAUGAAGAACUCUCUCACCGCUAGUUGUAGUGGCAAAUAAGGAGGAAGAGGAGGAAAUGGGACAAUAAAACAUAUAGGGUGAGGCAUCUUUCUGUACUGAAAGACUACCAAUACUCAAUAUGACUAAGUGACAGCCGAAGAAUAUUUGAAAUACCAUAAAGGUUUCAAAUUUUUUUUGUUUUUAAAGUUAUUUAUGAAUGUUACCUGAUGUACAGGGUAUACCAUGAUUUUUUAAAAAAAAAAUAAAAAUGAUAAAAAAUUUGGUAGUUUUAGGUAAUUUUUAGUUUUUCAGUUGAAAAAACUCACUUCCUAUGAAAUCUAAAAUCCCUCAAAACAUAUAAAAAGGUCUAAAAACUGAAAAGUUGAAGAACAUUUUUUACAUGACUGGGCAUUUUUUUGAAAAAAAAAUUGUGUAUAUAAACAAUUCAAAUAACUCAAAACUGAAAACCUUUAGAUGUAUGAUGUUCCAAAUAAAGUUAUAUUGAAAUUAAUUAUUACAAAUUCCAAAAAUGCAUCAAAAACUUACGUUUCAUUAAAAAAAAAACAAAGUUGGAAAACCAUAGAUAACUGAAAAUACAAUUUUUACAAUAUACAUUUCGACUUAUUUCAUUGUGGUACACCCUGUAUGAAAACAUUGUUAUAUUUUUCAACGAUAAUUGGAUGAAAAGACGUUGAUUGUAUUUUUUACAUUACAAAGUAUAUUUAUACAACUUGCACCAUAUAUUUGUGUAUAAAUGUACAGACAUAAUAUUAUAUAUUGAUAAUAAUAAAAUAAAUUUUAUUGACUUAAAUUAUUGUUACCUUCCUUAAAGCUCCUGUACUAAUUACAAUAAAAAUUUUUCGAUUGUUACUUUGACUAUACAUUAUAUAGUAGGAACAAUGUGGUCCUUUGUAUAUUUCUGCUAUGAUGCAUUAAAAUUAAAUUGCAAUUUCUACUAUUAAUUGUAGGUAAGAAACAAAAAAACUUCUUAAAGAAUGUAAUAUUUCAAUAAGUAGACAAUUUGUAACAAAUUUUCUGUAAAAUUCAUCUUUUUAUGAAUGAAUACCCCUACAAGUUUAUUUUUUCAAUUACAAAGUGUUCUUAAAUAGAUGCACUCUUAUGUAAAGUGUAAUUGUAUAGUAGCUUUGGAUAACUUUGUUGUUGUUUACUUCACACUUAUAAUUGUGUAUAUAUAUUGGUAAUUAUCUUAUUGUUUACAGAUUAAUUAAAAAAAUAUAUUUUAUAGCAAUA